AUGCAUCACGGUGGUGGGUAUGGUGCUGGUCCACAGGAGCGUGUCCACCAGGUAUCGAGAGCCUCGGGGACGACUAAUGUCGAUGGCAAAUGCCCUUACGACACUUAUCCCACGACGAUACCCGACUGCUGCGCUGCUGCCGCUGCUGCUGCCGCUGGACAGGAGCCGUAUCCGAGACCACCGAGUGCUUAUGACGGACGGUGCUAUGACGAGUGUCACAGGAUUCGGGGAAAUUUUCCGGAGGAAAAUUUCAGCCAGGAUGUACCGCCAGCCGGUUUACAUCGUCCCCAAUCUCGUGUGGGAUACGACGAUCAGCGUCCCCAAUCACGAGUCGGUUACACAAGUGACUCAAGAUGCCCGAGUCGUCUCGGCUACGACGACACCGGUGGUGGGUAUCUCGAUCAAAGUGAUCCGAGAAUGUACUGCACCGGCACUUACUGCAUGGGUGACACGAUGAUGGCGACUGCCAGGGGCGUAUGCGGCGAGGAGGUAGAGCUCGAUAUGCGGAGGCAUAUUCAAGCAUGCGCCUGCACCUGCAAUCACAUGGGCUAUGGUAACUACAUGGACUAUCAGACAACGUGCCUAACAGAACUACCAGAUGUUGCACCGUGUAAUGGUGCUGUACGACUACCACCACCUUGUGAAGAGUCACCGAGCUCUGGCAGCAGCAAAGACCGCAGAGAGAGUCCGAGGAGAAGGUGUCGUGUAUUGGCACCAAUAUUCCUGCUCAUUGGUGCAUUGUUACUGGGUGGACUGUGCCUCCCACUUCUCCUGCAAUCUGCCCCAGCUACACAUCAGCAGAGGCUCGAUGUUAUCAGGAGAAUUCUCACUGAAGUGCCUCUCAUUGAUGGGCACAACGAUCUGCCCUGGAACGUGAGAAAGUUUGUACACAAUCAACUUGGUGAAGUGAAUCUCAGCAGUGACCUGGGCAGAGUUGACCCUUGGGCCAGGUCUGACUGGAGUCACACCGAUAUACCGAGAUUGCGCGCCGGUCUCGUUGGAGCACAGUUUUGGUCAGCGUAUGUACCGUGCGGUGCGGCCCAACUCAACGCUGUUCAGCUGUCUCUCGAACAAAUUGAUGUUAUACGGAGGCUGGCGGAAAUGAAUGCACAGCAUCUGACUCUCGUUACAUCUGUAAGAGGUUUGAUCGAGGCGCACAGAGACGGUAAAAUAGCGAGCCUCAUCGGUGUGGAGGGUGGCCAUUCCCUCGGCAAUUCCCUGGGGGUACUCAGGACGUUUUACGGACUCGGAGCACGCUACCUAACGCUGACGCACGCCUGCGACACAUCCUGGGCAGUCUGCUCCGUUGGUGAAACAAACAACACUCAGGAUAAUGUGCCAGGGCUCAGUGAGUUUGGAAAGGCAGUCGUAAGGGAGUUGAACAGACUUGGCAUGCUGGUGGAUCUCUCUCACGUAUCUACGAGAACUAUGAGGGCAGCACUACAGACCACAAGAGCGCCGGUCAUAUUCUCUCACAGUGCAGCACGGGCACUAUGCAAUUCCAGUAGAAACGUGCCUGACGACGUGCUCAGAAAUCUGGCUAAGAACGGCGGUGUUGCCAUGAUACCUUUUUAUACGUACUUCAUAACUUGCAACAGCACAGCGACGAUAAAAGACGUGAUCGCUCACAUCAAUCAUAUAAGAAAGGUAGCUGGUAUCGAUCACGUGGGCAUUGGGGCUGGUUUCGAUGGAAUAAAUUUUACGCCGACCGGUCUGGAGGACGUAUCGAGAUAUCCCCAGCUAUUGGCAACACUACUGGAAGACCCCGCGUGGACCGAGGAGGACAUAAAGAAACUCGCCGGCCUCAAUUUACUGAGGGUUUUCACCAAGGUUGAGCAGGUGAGAGAUGAGUGGCAGAGGGCUGCUGUUCUACCAGUUGAGAAAAUAAGUCCACCCGAUAAUUCUGCCUGCGCAUAUGGCGCAUCCUGAUCCACUUUAAAGACA